AACUGAGUGGGAGGGAGGGAGGGAGUGGAGGCUGCCAGAGGAGCCGCUCAGGGCACAAUCAGGACAGAAAGACUUUAUAUUAAAUAAUAGGUGAAAAAGAAGAGCACUUCGCUUCUUUUUCUGGAGCCUGUGCUUGCCUCCCUACCCUUGUUGUGUAGUUUUUCCCCCCUAAUAUAUACAUGGAUCUCUUUAAUAGCUGCAACAUGCUCCAGACUUUACCUCAUGCUAUUUAAUUUCUACCAGCCAGGACAUAAUUUACUGUAGGUUAAAUGAAGCAAGCAGCAAGAGAGCUGACAAGCAGAGUCAUUGAACUCCUCCGUCUGCUUCCUCCGUUCUUCUUCUUCCUGUAGAAUAAAGAGAAUCCACACUCUUCUGUAGUAAGAAAAUCACCUUUAAACAUAGAAUAGACAUACAUACCAAAAAGUAAUACAAAGACCUUCACAGAUGAAGUGUGAAAACUGCACCAAAAAGGAAUGUAGUAAAAAACAGAAAAAUGAUGACAAGUCAAAUACAUUGGUUGACCCACUGAGCACAAAUGACGAAAACGAGGAGAAAAAUGAAUUUCAUAAAUUGGCUGGUGCUAAAAUAUUCCUUAGUGACUGCCUAGCUUGUGACAACUGUGUGACAUCAGAAGAAGGUGUCAGGAUUUUCCAGCAGAAUCAGAAGGAAUUCUUUCGCAUUCUCAACCUUAACAAGAAAUGUGAUACCUCAAAACACAAAGUGUUGGCAGUGUCUAUAUGCACUCAGUCAUUGCCUUAUUUUGCUGCUAAAUUCAAUCUCUGUGUAAACGAUGCAGCCAAGAGACUCUGUGGUUUCCUCAAAAGUCUUGGGGUGCAUUAUGUAUUUGACACCACUAUAGCUGCUGAUUUCAGUAUCCUGGAGAGCCAGAAGGAAUUUGUGCAGCGGUAUCGACAGCGGAACCAGGAGGAACAUGCCUUACCAAUGUUUGCGUCUGCUUGUCCUGGUUGGAUCCAGUAUGCUGAAAGGGUGCUUACCAACCCAGUGACUCCACACAUUUGCACUGCGAAGUCUCCGCAGCAGAUCAUGGGGUCCCUGGUGAAGGGUUACUUUGCCAGGCAACAGAACCUAUCUCCAGAUAAAAUUUUCCAUAUAAUCGUGGCUCCUUGCUAUGACAAAAAAUUAGAAGCACUGCGGGAAGAUUUUUACACCCCCUUGUAUAACUCUCAAGACGUUGAUUGUGUUCUAACAUCAGGUGAAAUUGUCCAAAUAAUGGAGCAGAAAAAUGUAUCUAUGAAAGAAGUGGCUGAAGUGGCCGUGGACAGUUUGUUUGGUGAAAUAAAGGAGGAAGACGUAGUACGGCAUGAUGGGAGGAGAUCUGAUGGGUACCUGGAGCACAUCUUUAAACAUGCUGCCAAGGAGCUGUUUGAUAUGGAUGUCAAGGAAAUCACCUACAAAACACUAAAAAACAAGGACUUCCAGGAGGUCAGCCUGGAAAAGGAUGGUGAGACAGUGUUGCGCUUCGCAGCUGCGUAUGGCUUUAGGAACAUCCAGAACGUGGUCCUGAAGCUGAAAAAGGGAAAGUUCUUGUAUCAUUUUGUGGAGGUUCUUGCCUGCCCUGGAGGGUGUUUAAAUGGAAAAGGCCAAGCCCAGACUGAAGAUGGAAAACCUGACAAAGUAUUGCUCAGCCAGAUGGAGGAACUGUAUGCUGCAAUUCCUGUCAGACUUCCAGAAACCAGCAUGCAUGUGCAAAAGCUGUACCAGGACUGGCUGGAAGGGAUGGACUCCAAGAAGGUCCAGGAAACUCUGCACACCAAAUACUGUGCAGUACAUCAAACAGCAAGCAGCAUGGAUAUCAAGUGGUGAUAAAUCAGGCUUACAAAAGAUGAAAAAACGUGCAUAGGUUAGUUAUGAACUCAGCACUGGAAACAUUCUAUGCAAUUGAGGAUGUUAUGCACUAGCCAAGCGUACGACCAGUACACUUUCUGAAUUGCGGAAUAUUACUUACUUAAUACAAAGAACCAUUGCUCAUUUUUUUGUUUUGAAUGCCUUGGUUCCCUACAGGGUCUGUUAGACUCUUAUUGUGCUUGACCUCUUGCGUAUUUGGGACUUCCUUGUUUAGUUAAGGUCUAAUCUUGCAAGGUAUGGUGAGCACCUUCUUCUAGGUGUACAAUGCCCUCUACUCGGAGUGAAGUUAAUGCAGGUUGAGGGUUCUCACCAGUUUUACAGAACUGGUGCCCUCAACCAGGAGCUAUUGUAAUCCUUAUGUAUGUGAUUCCUUUCACCAGGGAAGAACAGCUACCCUGGUUAGAAUUGUUGUGUUAAGUGUACCAUAAUUUAGAAUUCUUUUUGCCUUGUUAACCAAAAAAUGAAGAUUUUACACAAAGUGACCAAUGAAAAAUAUAAUUGAAAGAUUUAAUUGACUCCUUCCAUCCCUACACAAUAAAAAGGUUUAUUCACCUACCAAAACAUUGCCAGCAAGCUUUCUACAGACACACUAACCACAAGGGAGAAUAUUCUGAUACAAAUGGAAUGUCUUUAAUAAUACUAAAUGGUUGUAAUACAGUCCUUUCAUUAAGGGUUUCUGUUAACAGGUUGGUUUGUACAAAUAGUUAAACCAUGUUAAUCUCUCUCUUCAGAAACUUGCAUCGUGAAUUAAUCUUUUCUGUAAUUUUUAUUUUCUUUUGUCUGACUUGUUUAUGAAAGUGAGAGAUGGUGACCCCAUCUGAAGACAGGCAUGAUGUUGCCAUUUGCCCUGCAAUCUUCACCCUACAUCGGUUCUACGUUAGACCUCAGUCCUGAUUUACAAUACCUCUGUUAUGCCAUUUCUGGCUAGUCCUGAGCAUACACAGUGUCAGAUUGAAUCCAGAGACCAGAUACAUUUGUUGAGUGCCUCUAACUAAAAUCUUAAUUUUGGAACAUUCUUGAGCUGAUAAGAAUAUAAUGUAAACUGAUAGUGCUAGUUUGGGGGCAUUUUACGUACAUUACAUGGCUGUUUAAUUUAACAAGCUUUAAAAAUGGUGCUUGAUGGAUGUAACCUUAUCUAAAGCCUCACAGUUCAGGGAGGGAUGUUUAAGGAUAUGAUGUGAAAUUCAAGCCGUUACAAGGCUUCCACCAGAUUUCAUAGCAGCCUCAUGCUUGUUUUGAUUAGUGGCUCUCUCAAAACUAGAAUGAUUUCAGCUUUCAUAUUUUAUUGAGAAAAUAUGAAUGGGGUUUGUCAUGAUCACGGGAAAUGCAUGAAUGCAAAUCUUGUGGAUUUCUUAAUAUCAGUUACUGUACUUGUGUGUGCACAAAGCUAAUAAUACAAGAUCUUGAUGGAGUAUAUUUGAAAUCAGGAUCUACCUUUGGAAUGUGGAAAGUGAGGCAUUCAAUGCUUCCAGUCUUCUUUUUUUAUUAAAAAUAAACUAACAGCAGAGUCGAUCAUAUUCCUGUUGGAGGCAAAUGCGAGUUUUUUACUUAAAUAGGAGUAGGCUCAAAAAGAGGGGGGGAAAAGGGUGCUGAAAUAUGUGGACUUGCUGGAAGGGACCAGCUGGUUUAAGAUGGAUGAAACCUGCAAUCACAUCAACAAAUUCAAGCUUCCUUUAUUUUAAUAAUACUUUAUUUCAGUGCAAAAGGCAUGUGGAUCUGACUUGUAUGGCAACCUGCAUGCAGAGUAAGCCUUCAGGUUUGUUUGGUUUUUUUUAAUAAAAUGUUACAUUUGACGCAAUAACUGAACAUCUAGAGAAAUCUACCUCUGUGCUAGGAAAAGAGUUUGGAGCAGCAGGGAGAUCCUGGAAAACUUAUACAUCCAAACAUUUAAAAAAAAUGUCUGUUAAAGAAUGAUCUGUGGAUUACAUGAAGCUUGUGAACAUCUUCAGUACUUGAAAGCAACAUGACCCCUUCAGUUUUAAUUUCUUGAUCUAUUCUGAUUUCCCCAGACCCCUUAAAUGGAAUUACAUUGUAAUUAAGUUUUAUUGUUCUAAGUUAGUAUAUACAUAUAUUUCUGUAUGUAUAUGGCUUUAAACUGGUCAAUAUGUUAAUUUAUAUAUAUAGCUUCAGUUCUGUGUACAGUUUUAUUUUUGUAAAGGAAAAAUGUGCAUAUACUUGAUGAUGUGAAAAACUGGUUCUCAGUUUAAAUUUUUGAUUAAAAUUUAGUUCUUCACUGUGCUGUGAAAGAGCUAUCUUCCUGUGGGAUCCUUUAAGUAAAUCUAGAGUUUAAAGAACAGCUUAAUCCUAUUGGCAGCCACCCAUCACUGAACAAAAACCCUCUCUGCCAUUUUGUUUGAGCACACAUGCCUGUUUCAUUCAAUAGAUUCUCUCCAUACUUGAGUUUCCACAGAAAAGUAUCAGAUGAGACAAGGCUGCCUGUAAAAUACUAGUUGUACUUUCCCAUUAUAUAAAGGGAAAUUAAGAAAAUCAUCAGAUUAAGAAUUCACUUUCUUUCAGCUUCUCAAUUUGAAAUGCUCUGCACUUAAAAAGUAUCCAUGUAACAAUUUCUUAGAACUGUUAAAUGCCACAACCUCUCUUUAAGAAAGAGUGUAUUUUGAAUGCUCAUCCAACAAAUAGCUGUAAUGGCUACAUAUAGUAUCAUUAGGUUUUCUAUAAUUAGGGAUUGUGGGAGUUUUCUGAUUUCUUUUCAGUGUUUAAUUUUUAGAAGAAUUGAGACUAUUUUUAGAAUAAAAAAUCUGAUUUUAUUAUUUAAAAGUUUUCCUUUACCUGCCAGUUUGUGAAACAUCAAAGAACCUCCUCCGCAAAGUUCAACAUUGCAAAAAUUAUAAUUUUUCAGUGUUUUUCAGGGAAUCUCUAAAUUUUUUGCUUCAUUGGGGUUUCAGCCUAAAACUAGAAACCCUUAUGAUUUUAGGUAUGUUGGGAAUGCUCAUCAGGUAUCUAAGAUCAGAUUCUAGCCCUUAAAUCUACAUUAGGAAAGUUACACCAUGUUGACAAUGAGUGCAGCUAGCUAGUUUCUGAAACUGUGCUGAACAUGAUGUAGUCUUGUCUACACUUGCAAUUAAACUGUUUUGCAGCAGCAGUUUAUUUACAUUUGUUGACAGCACCCUGAAUCACCAAUGUGUAACGUUCCUAGUGUAGUCACAGCCAUAGUGCUUUACUUCUCAGUUGAAUGUUGUGCUGGGACAAUUCAUUGCUGAGUACAAAAGAAUGUGGGGUUUUGCUGUGGAAAUUUUUUUUUAAGGAAAACUAAAUCUGUGUUUAAAAAUUUUUGGCAAAAUGAAAAUGCAAAACUGUAUUUUGAGGUUGUGUUUAAUGCCAUAAAAUAUCCUAGACGUGUAAUGUACUGGUAGUGAGAGGAACUGUAUUAUACUAUUCUUAGGUCUCUAAUGGGAAAAGUAAGUGUUAUAAAGGCAUCUUGCCAAGACCUCAGAAAUAAGAUAGUUUGCCUCUUAGCAGCCACUGCGCCAGUGUAUUUUUGUUUCUUCACAAUACUUCAAGCGAAUAUGAUCUGGCACUGUGAUAGGUAAUGAAUACACGUCUGUACACAGCUCAGCAGCUUCAACUGGAUGAUAUUUGUAUGAUGUUCAGUUAUCUAAACUCUGGUGCUUUGUAUUUCAAAAGGAGCAUGAACUUGAAUUGCCCUAAUAAAUAUCUUUGACUCUA